GCAAGAACAGACUUCCGCAAAAAUGAAUGCGGCUUCGGACAAAAGUGCAGCGAAACGCAGGAAGGUGCGAAAAGGAACUCACUGUUGCCGAGAGUGCCGCCGAAGAAAAGUCAAAUGCCUCCUGGCAAGCCCGGACGAUGAUAGCUGCACUGCCUGCAGCCGUCGAGGCACCAAAUGUGUUAGUCAAUUCGAUCGAACAUCGUCCGAACUGCUCCUCACUCCGGGCUUGUCACCAACCUCCGAUUAUGCUAGGACUUCCGCACAGCCAACAAGACAUGCGAAAAUUACCCAAACUCUUCUACGUGCGCUACCCUCUCAAAGCGAGAUCGGGAUUCUGCUAGGAAAGGUCUCGAGACUUUCCACUUUGUGCUAUCAGUCCGGCUUCAAGUUGAAUAGCUCGUCGCGCCAAGAACUGCCACAGGAACAAAUCGCAAUUCCCAGUUUACAACAUCCAGAAACCCAUCCGGUCUUGUUAGCGAGGCAAAUGUUACUGCUUGCAGUGGCAUUGCAGCACGUUUCUCCCACUGCGGUUAUCUCGGGCCUCAAUCAACAUCACCAUGUCAUCAUGGAGGAACUCGCGGAGUCAGCCAUUGCCAUGGUUACUACCAAUGACCGGUUAAUGAGUACCUUGGAAGGUCUGGAAAACGUCAUCCUGGAGGGGUUCUACCAUAUAGACAGCGGUAACAUCCGUCGUGCCUGGUUAGCCAUGCGCCGUGCUGUCACUACGGCGCAACUCUUGGGGUUGCAUCAACCCGGUCAUCAUCGCUUCAAGAAAAUCAACGACAAGAACGAUCUUGACCCCAAUGUCAUGUGGGCUUGUAUCGUCUCCAUGGAGCGUGUCUUAUCCUUGCUGCUGGGUCUACCCACGAGUACUGCGGGGACGAGCCCUCCAGCGUCAGGGAGCAUGAGCUCUUUGGGGACAAGUGGCAAUCUGUCCUCACUAAUCAUGCUGGUCACAGCUAGAGUUCUGGAACGAAAUCAGGUAAGAGUCUCCCAACAGGCUCUACGAAUAACACGGGACAUCGAUCGAGAGCUCAUUAGGAUGACCGAGCAAUUGCCCUCCACAUUCUGGCGGCCACUGGAUUUCGCAGGUCUGGAAGUUGAUUCAGUGGAGGCAUUUUGCGAAACCCGACGAGCAUGGGACCACAUGUGUUACUAUACCGUCGUCAACCAACUGCAUUUACCGUACAUGUUGUGCCAAAGCCAGAAUGCUGAUGUGGUGUACUCGGGAGUCGCGUGUGCGAACGCCAGCCGUGAGAUACUCGUUCGCGAGAUAGCAAUCCGUACUUUCAACCCGAUAACCGCCUGUUGUCGGAUCGGCGACUUCAUGGCGCUAAUUGCCGGAAUGACUUUAAUGCUCGCGCACCUCGCAAGUCAUGGCCAGACUGAGGUCAAUCGGCUGCUCGCACACCAGCGAUCGAGUGACAGGGCCACCGUGGAGCGGGCUCUGGAAUGCAUGGAGUCCAUGUCAGAGUUACACGAGGAUGCCCUCGCCGCAGAAUGUGCUGCCUUGCUGAAGGAUCUAUUGUCCAUUGAAGGCAGGGCAGCACGAGGAUACAAGACCGACGCAGACGAGACACCGUGGUCAAAUAAGCAGCCGGCUGAUAAUCCUAACGUGUUAGUCAUCAGAGUGCCAUAUCUCGGUGCGAUCAGGAUUGCACCUGAAGGCAUCACAUCUGUGCCAUAUUCCGAAACAGGGCAAGAUCAAGGUGCUCACGCAGGAGUCACGAUUGGGGGGCUUGGGUUGAUUCAAAUUGAAUCUUCCAAGGCAGCUAGAACACAUGCAGCAAGCGAUCCAUUGCCGCAACAACAUACUACGGCGUCUUUGCUCGGAAAAAUCCCCAAUACUGUAGUGGAGAAAGAUCUCAUGUUCCCGGAUGCGGCCGCCAGCAUCGACGAUUGGGUGUUCCAGGGUUUUGAUACUGCCUUCUUUGACGUCCUGAUGCGCGAAGCAGGGGACGUACAGUUCGAUGACGGCAGGGUUGAUUAG